CGGGUUUCGUUCGGAGAUGACGUUUCAUUCUUCUCAGCGCUUCCGUCUCUGCCCAGGACAGACAUGGCGGUUCCGGCGUCUAAUCCUAACAAUCCCAUCGUGUUCUUCGAUAUCAAUAUUGGGGGACAGGAAGUCGGCAGGAUGAAGAUGGAGAUCUUUGCAGAUGUUGUACCAAAAACAGCAGAAAAUUUCAGGCAGUUUUGCACUGGAGAAUUCAGGAAAGAUGGGGUUCCUAUUGGGUACAAAGGCAGCACUUUCCAUAGGGUAAUAAAAGAUUUCAUGAUCCAAGGAGGGGAUUUUGUCAAUGGUGAUGGCACAGGAGUUGCAAGUAUUUACAGGGGACCGUUUGCAGAUGAGAACUUUAAGCUAAAGCACUCAGCGCCUGGAUUGCUGUCCUUGGCCAACAGUGGACCUGGAACGAAUGGCUGCCAGUUUUUUAUCACUUGUUCCAAGUGUGAUUGGCUGGAUGGAAAGCAUGUGGUUUUUGGUAAAGUCGUUGAUGGACUUCUAGUAAUGAGAAAAAUUGAGAAUGUACCAACCGGCCCCAACAAUAAACCCAAACUACCCGUUGUAAUUGCUCAGUGUGGGGAAAUGUAAUUGAAGGGUUCUUCCUCCCAUGCAGUCACUAUUACAAGGAGAUUCAGAGGCCUGUGUUUAUAUUCAGAUGUGGUGCACUUGUAUCACACUACACACAGAACUGUGUUUCUAAGAAACAUAUGAAAUGGACCAUAUUCUUGUGAAAUAAGGAGCUGUUUCUAUCCAUCUUUCUAUUUAAAGUCUGUAAUUAAAAUGAUACUCUGGAGAUGCAUAGUAUUGUUUUGUAAAAAAAAGUGUUUUGUAUUUCUUUUUCUAAUAAACAGAACCAUGAGUUUAA